UCCACCCAAAAAGAAAAAUAAAAAGAAAAGAAAAGAGAAAUAUAUAGGACUGCGUUUCCUUAAAAACUAGGUACUGAUUCAGGCACCAUUUUCGUACAAAAUGAUCGGACACAAAACCUUACAAAUGAUUAAUACACACGACCAAAAAUCAAUGUUGUGUUUUUGAGUUCCUCACUGACGAAGAAGGAUUUCAUAUCAAAUAAUAAAGAAGCCAAAUUUCGGGAAGUGAAGAUGUUCGAUCCAGAUAUGUUUGAUACUACUCACCAUCAUAUGCUUGAAGAGUUGGAAAAUAUGAGAGACGAUGAUUUUGACAACAAAUCAGGUGCAGAAAUCUUGGAAUCUGCUUGUGGAACUGACCAACAACAACAACGUUCUAAAAAGAAACGUUACAAUCGUCAUACACAACAUCAAAUCCAAGAAAUGGAAGCAUUCUUUAAGGAAUGUCCUCACCCAGAUGAUAAGCAGAGAAUGGAGCUGAGUCGUGAGCUGGGGUUGGAGCCAUUGCAAGUCAAGUUUUGGUUUCAAAACAAACGCACACAAAUGAAGGCUCAACACGAGAGACAUGAAAACGCAAUAUUGAAGGCGGAAAAUGAGAAACUUCGUGCUGAGAAUAUCCGCUAUAGAGAAGCAUUCGCUCAUUCAACUUGCCCUAACUGCGGAUCUUCCUCCACUGCACUCGGGGAAAUGUCCUUUGACGACCAACAUUUACGCAUUGAAAAUUCCCGCUUGCGAGAUGAGAUCGAGCGAAUGAGUGGAUAUGGCUCAAAAUGCACAAAGCCAUACUAUCAGCUUCCAACAAAUGCUCCAACGCGAUCUUUAGACCUGGGCAUCACUAACUUCGGUCCACAGUCGUCAGGAUUCGUAGGGGAAAUGUAUGGAGCAGCAGAUUUUUUCCGGUCGAUAUCGAGGCCUUCGGAAGGUGAGAAACCGGUGAUCGUGGAGCUGGCGGUAUCGGGGAUGGAGGAGUUGAGGAGAAUGGCUCAGGGAGGGGAGCCGUUGUGGGUUGCGGGAGAUGGGAAGUCAUCAGGGGAAGUGGUUCUUAAUGAGGCGGAGUAUCUGAGGAGUUUCGGAGGGGGAAUAGUGGGAAAGCCGAUGGGCUUUAGAACCGAAGCUUCACGAGUUUCGGCUGUGGUGUUCAUGAACCAUAUGAAGUUGGUGGAUAUUUUUAUGGAUGCUACGCAAUGGUCCACUGUGUUUUGUGGCAUUGUUUCGAGAGCCUCCACUGUGGAAAUUCUUUCGCCUGGCUUACCUGGAAACUUCAAUGGGGCCUUGCAUGUGAUGAGCGCUGAAUUUCAAGUCCCAUCGCCACUUGUUCCAACUCGUGAAAACUAUUUCGUAAGAUACUGCAAACAACAAACUGAUGGUUCAUGGGCUGUGGCUGAUGUUUCCUUAGACACCUUGCGCCCUUCUCCCAUCCCAAAUACCCGAAGGAAACCCUCUGGUUGCUUAAUUCAAGAAUUACCCAACGGCUAUUCCAAGAUCACCUGGGUCGAACAUGUAGAAGUCGACGAAACUGGCGUCCCCACAAUGUACAGGACUCUUGUUAAUUCCGGCCUCGCUUUCGGGGCUAAGAGAUGGGUUGCUACCUUAGAUCGCCAAUCUGAGCGUUUCGCUACUUCAAUCGCCACCACCAUUCCCACCGGCGAUUUACGCGUGAUCUCAAGUAUUGAAGGGAGGAAGAGUAUGCUGAAACUAGCAGAGAGAAUGGUGACGAGCUUCUGCGCCGGUGUAGGUGCGUCCAGUGUACACGCUUGGACGGCAUUACCCGCUGCAGCUGGCGAUGAAGUACGUGUUGUGACGAGGAAGAGCACUGACGAACCAGGACGACCACCAGGUGUUGUGUUGAGCGCCGCCACUUCUUUUUGGAUUCCAGUUUCACCUAAGGUUGUUUUUGAUUUUCUUCGAAAAGAGAAAUCUCGGAGCGAGUGGGAUAUUCUGUCAAAUGGGGGAUUGGUUCAGGAAAUGGCGCACAUAGCCAACGGCCGUCACUCAGGGAAUUGUGUCUCCUUGCUUCGUGUUAAUAGUGCGAAUUCGAGCCAGAGCAAUAUGCUGAUACUACAAGAAAGCUGCACGGACUCAACAGGAUCGUACGUUAUUUAUGCUCCGGUGGACACCGUGGCAAUGAACGUGGUGCUAAGUGGUUGCGAUCCGGAUUACGUGGCGCUUCUACCGUCGGGAUUCGCCAUACUUCCUGACGGACCCGGCGGAGGAGGAAACAACGGCGGCGGCAUUCUAGAGCUGGGAUCGGGUGGGUCACUCAUCACGGUUGCAUUUCAAAUCCUGGUUGAUUCGGUUCCAACGGCUAGACUUUCAAUUGGAUCAGUAGCCACCGUUAACAGUCUCAUCAAAUGCACGGUUGAGAGAAUCAGAGCCGCUGUGAUGCGUGAAAACCCAUGAUUCAAAAACGCCCCCCUUUUUCAACAACGUAGAGGAAGAGGAGGAGUUGAGAAUUAGUCAAGAACGCACCUUGAAAUGUGGCGGUGCUUUUAAAGACAGAACUGUGGAAAAUGAGAGAAAUUGAGGAGGUUCGGGCAUUGACUUUACUCAAACCUUCAAUUAGAAUAAGAACAUUUUUCUUCAACUUUAAUUAGUUUGUGUUGGUGCUUUUUUUUAGAUAUUAUUAGAUUAUAAUUAUGGAGGUUUUUGUGUAAUUUUUCUUUUGGUUUUUCAUGUUUAAUACUACUGUUUUGAAUUUGUCAUUAGGUUGGUGAAUAACGAUAGUAUUAAGAGAGACUGAUUGUAAACUUUUUAUUUUAUUAAACAUCUAAGUUAACCAAACAUUCCUAUGUUUAUCGCUACUAUUUA